UGGGGGCCGGCGGGCAGUAGUAGAUCUGCGCCUUGGACGGGCAGGGUGGACUGGUAGAGAGUGGGCGGCGCUGCCCCGCUCCCUUCGCCGUCCCCUGGCUCUCGGGCCAUGGCUCCUGCGCCUCCGCUGGCGGGAGCGUCUCGGGCGAGCCGUCGGUGCGAGGCUGCCUAGGAUGAACGCUCUGGAGGGGCAGCAGCCCCCCAGCGCCCACGACCUGCUGGACGUGGCCGCCGUCUACUGCGACAACCUGAGCCUCUUCCCGCCCCCUCAGAGACCCCCGGGGACCCACCCCGCCGGCUACAGCCUGGGGGAAGCGGGAGGCGGCAGCCCGUACCUGUGGCUCAACGGCUCGGCCGUGCCGUCCAGCCCUUACCUGGCCGCCGGGCCCAAUGGAGCCGCCGCCGCCGCCUCCUUCCUGCCCUCGGCCUACGGCGCAGCCGGCGCCCGGCAGCUGCUGGGCGCGCCGUCGGCGGGGCCCGAGCUCGGCUGGCUGUCUCUGGCCGGCCAGCAGGACUUCUUCAAGCUGGUGCGCCCGCCCUACUCCUACUCGGCGCUCAUCGCCAUGGCCAUCCAGAGCGCGCCCGACAAGAAGCUCACCUUGAGCCAGAUCUACCAGUACGUGGCCGGCAACUUCCCCUUCUACAAGAGGAGCAAAGCCGGCUGGCAGAACUCCAUCCGGCACAACCUCUCGCUCAACGACUGCUUCAAGAAGGUGCCCAGGAACGAGGACGACCCAGGUAAAGGCAAUUAUUGGACCCUGGAUCCUAACUGUGAGAAGAUGUUUGAUAAUGGCAACUUCAGGCGGAAGAGGAAAAGGCGAUCUGACCUAGCAAAUGGGCCUGGAGUCCCUAACAAAGUGGAAGACAAAAGCAAGAGCUGUCCUGCCCAACAAGCCCCAGACUUGGGCUCUGCUGAACUGCCCUGCUCUCCAAGUCCUAUGAACCACUGCAAAUCCUCCAGCCUGAAUUCCAGCCGUUGUUUGUCUACGUUCGUCUCCACCAUGAAUGCUGUGGCCCAUGGCAGAAGCGGCUUCCCCAGGCAGCUUUCCGGGGGGUUGGGGGGCGAACUCGCAUCUGACAGGCAGAAUGGGCCUGGGUUGAGCUCUUGCUCCGCCUCCAACAGCAACCCAGUUUCAGGAUUCGAACUCAGUCCUCAGUCCCACUCCAAGAUGAAUUACUAUGCGAGUGCAGGUGGACAGUCAAACUGGUUCGGCACCCCUGUCCUGGGCACCUUCAGUGUGAACAAUCUGAUUUAUAGCAGAGAAGGGACAGAAGUUUAGAAUGAUGGUCAAAUAGCCUUCAUUUGAAGUAAACACCAUAAGCAGCCUUUGGGGGGGGGGGGCUAGUCAGAUAGUCUUCAGAAUUUUCAGCCCUGGAGCCCACAUUUAGCCCCAAGAUACAACCUGAGGCCUACUUUUAAACUGUAUUAAUUCUGUCAUUUCUUCCCUCUCCCUCUCAUUUUUUCCUUGCCUCUCUUCCCUUCUGUAUCUCUCUCUUUAAAACACAAACAACAAAACAGAAAGAAAUGUGGGUGGUACUGCUUCUACAGCUCAAUUUAGACCAGAGAUCAACAACUCAGUUGUGCAUUGUGAUGCAACCAAGUGGCACUAGUAAGAGUGACUCCUUAGUUGAGGCUAAAUGGGGUGCAAGAAGAUCGACUCACAAGAUACAAUUCACUGUACUUUGCACAUGCCACAUUGGCUUCAAUCAGCUUACACAGGAAAACUUCCUAGUGGAUUGAUUCUGCCACCUGUCAGUUAGAAGCAGGAGUUGCCAUUUGUUUGUGGGUUUUCCCACCUCCUGUACCAAAUUGGGACAGUGUGUUUCUGUGCAGCUUUACAAAUUAAACAACCAAAUGCUGAUAAAAUGUACUUCUAACCAGGUGGUACAAACCAGAAUACACCCUCCACCCCACUUUUUUUACAAUGUAAUCCUUAGCAUGUUUGCUUGAAAGCAAGUCCCAUUGGCUUCACUUGCUUUCAAGGAACUGUGCUAAGAUCCAUGGUUUUCAGUUAAGGAUCCUUCUCUACUCUCGUGUAGUAGCUUUGUUUACAAUCUUGAUACUAUGCAUUGUGGCCUUAGAUCCUUGAUUCUAACAAAUGCACUAAUCCACAGCAUAGGGCUAUUUUGGAAUGUGUAUAUAAUAGCUGUGUUUGGUAGAAUUAAAUCAGUUUUAACUGUAUUUUGAAAAACAUCAGACUUCCUUUAGAGUUUUCUAAUUAAGUGUACACUGCUGCCAUGUUACUGAUCUAUGCAAUGAACAAAAUAAAAUGCUGCCUCUUAAAUUGCCUCACAUCCUAA